AUGCAUGUUACUAUGAGGCAAAGUUUCUUCAUCGCUCUAACGUUCAUUUUAAUAUGUCCGACUCUAAAUCAACAAAUUCUAACAAAUAUGCCAUUCGACUGCAAAGGCCGUUUGGAUGGUUUUUGGCGUGACUUGAGAUACUGUGAUGUAUUUCACGCGUGUGUUGCCGGCGAACAAGUACGGUCGUACGGGUGUCCUCAAGUGGGAGAACGAUUCUACUUCAGUGAUACAACUCAAAGAUGCGAAUUUACCUCUCAAAACCCUGGCGGCUGCCAGGCGAAUCAGUAUUAUACUUCGAUCUCGAAUACACCAACGUCUUCCGGAUCACAGCUUACCACACAAGCUCCCUCCGAACAAUGGAGAAUCUUUGCACAAUCACGAGAACAGCAUAGCUGUGCGGGUCAACAGGAAGGAUUCUACCCUAGUCGAUGGUGUAAUGUAUUCUAUCGUUGCUCUGAUGGGAUUUCCCGUGCAUUUCUCUGUCCACUGCAGCAAGGUGGUGGACGUCUGUGGUGGAUUGGACACGGAUCGUCGCAGGUUGUGACGCAAGCAGCGGCAAUGUGCAUAUAUCCAUGUGACACUGGUAGACAAUGUUCAAGUGCUGGUGGAAUUAUUGUGGAUAACGGAAAUCAAAUCAGUGAAAGUCAGCAAGCAGCUGAAACCGCGUAUAGACAAUCUUUGUGCUCCAAUCAGACUUCACAAACGGGUGUCGGUACGGGAGGAAUUCAGACAGGUUUAGGCACCGGUCAACAAGGUUCAGGUCAGACCGGUACAGGACAAUCCGGCACGGGUCAAACCGGUACAGGACAGACCGGUACGGGACAAUUUGGCACAGGUCAAACAGGAGGAGGAAAUCAGGGUGGUUCAUCGAACACAGGAGGCUUGUUUACUGUCGACUCGGAUGUCAGUUGCAAUGGUCAGGUCGAUGGUACAUUCUUAUCCAGUCGCUACUGCAAUGUCUUUCAUCGAUGUGUAUCGGGCGCAAGAUUUGAUUUUCGUUGUGCUCGUGGUAACAACGCUUCCUAUGAUUUAUGGUGGAAUCAACAAACUAAUAUGUGCGACUGGCCGUGUCGUGUGCAGUGCAACAAUCAAUUAUUUGGAUCGAGUACAUCGGCACAACAAGUUCAAAGUGAAAGCUUAAUUUAUUUCAACAACGAUUGUCGAGCCUAUCCACGUAUUUUUUAA